UCCAGAGCGAAUGGAUGGGCGGAUGGUGGAUGGGCCCACCGUUUUCAGAAGCAGCACUAGGUGUUUCGUUCAUCCACCUUUCUGACUUUCUUCACCUUGUGGAGCAAGAAAAACGAAACGGUAGUGCGCUUGCCCCACCGUGAGCGUCCGGGCUGUGUGUCUCUCGGCUCACAGCAGUCUCGCCUUCCCUCGGGGGCUUGAAGACCAGUGGACACAUCCCGCCCAGCCAGCAGCCUGUCCUGCCUGUCCCCGCAGGACCUUACAGGCACAGCCCACUUUGCUCCUCCGCCCCUGCCUCGGCCUGGCCCUCAGGCUGCUGCUCCCUUUGACCUCAGUCCCCCUUGACUCCAGAGCUUCUGAUGCCUUCUCCCCACCAGCAUUCCGGCCCAGCCCUUUGGCAGGCCUUUAGCACCCUGCUGGCUGGCCAGUCCCUCACUACCUCCCCUCUCUGGCUCUCUUUUUGGUGCCUGAAGGUGACGGGCUCAUGGACCCAAACCUGCCUUGUACUUGCACACAUCCGCGCCUCUGCUCGGGCUUUGGCCUCCUGCCCUGUCCACCUGUCCCAAACACACACCUGACCAGUCUCCUGCUUCAGACCCCUCCUUUCUGACAAGGUCGGAGCAGCUUCACCUCUGGCGAUGGCCUGUCACGUCGUGCAGGCCCCCAGGUUGCCCAAGGGGCCCCCCACCCCACGGGCUGGCUGGGAGCCUCCCUGCAGAUCCUCCUGAGCUGUACCUGGCAGUGGGCCUGACACCCAACAAAUGGUCAACCCCCGCCCACCUUCCUCACCUUUGACGCACAGGAGGAUGGCCGAGCCUCGAUUUAACAACCCCUACUUCUGGCCCCCUCCUCCCACCAUGCCCAGCCAGCUAGACAACCUGGUCCUGAUUAACAAGAUCAAGGAGCAGCUGAUGGCGGAGAAGAUCCGGCCGCCCCACCUGCCGCCCACGUCGGCCUCCUCGCAGCAGCCGCUGCUGGUGCCGCCGGCCCCGGCCGAGAGCAGCCAGGCCGUCAUGUCGCUGCCCAAGCUGCAGCAGGUGCCGGGGCUGCACCCGCAGGCUGUGCCGCAGCCCGACGUGGCGCUGCACGCGCGCCCGGCCACCAGCACCGUCACAGGUCUGGGGCUCUCCUCCCGAACCCCGGCUGUGAGCACGUCGGAGUCGAGUGCGGGCACGGGUACCAGCACCCCAUCCACACCCACCACCACCAGCCAGAGCCGCCUCAUCGCCUCGUCCCCCACCCUCAUCUCAGGGAUCACCAGCCCCCCCCUCCUGGACUCCAUCAAGACAAUCCAGGGCCACGGCCUGCUUGGCCCCCCUAAGUCCGAGCGCGGCCGCAAAAAGAUCAAGGCAGAGAACCCAGGGGGGCCGCCUGUCCUCGUAGUUCCCUACCCCAUCCUGGCCUCGGGCGAGACUGCCAAGGAGGGCAAGACAUACAGGUGUAAGGUGUGCCCGCUGACCUUUUUCACCAAGUCUGAGAUGCAGAUUCACUCCAAGUCGCACACCGAGGCCAAGCCCCACAAGUGCCCGCACUGCUCCAAGUCCUUUGCCAACGCCUCCUACCUGGCCCAGCACUUGCGCAUUCACCUGGGCGUGAAGCCCUACCACUGCUCCUACUGUGAUAAGUCCUUCCGACAGCUCUCCCACCUCCAGCAGCACACCAGAAUCCACACAGGCGACAGACCCUACAAGUGCCCACACCCUGGCUGCGAAAAGGCUUUCACUCAGCUCUCCAACCUCCAGUCUCACCAGCGCCAGCACAACAAGGACAAGCCCUACAAGUGUCCCAACUGCUACCGGGCCUACUCAGACUCCGCCUCCCUGCAGAUCCACCUCUCGGCCCACGCCAUCAAGCACGCCAAGGCCUACUGCUGCAGCAUGUGCGGGCGGGCCUACACCUCGGAGACCUACCUGAUGAAGCACAUGUCCAAACACACGGUGGUGGAGCACCUGGUGAGCCACCACUCGCCCCAGAGGACGGAGUCCCCCGGCAUCCCGGUGCGAAUCUCCCUCAUCUGAGCCGACCCAAGGCGCCGCCCCACCCUGCCCACUGGCAGACACAGACCCAGGCAGCACCAGGCCCCAACUUCCUCCAGGGGCCCUCCAGGAACAGCCGAGCUCUCUCAUGACCUUCCUGACCUUCCAGAAAGCCUGGGCUGCAGAAGCCCUGCCCGGUCCAGCUCUGGGGGCGGCCAGGCCAACUGCAAGAUUCUGGACUGUUUUGGUGGCAUCCAAAGACGAUCUCAGAGCACUUUGAACCUCUCUGUUGGGUUUCUUUUUGUUCCCCACCCUCCACUUGCUUCACUGUUUUUUUUUUUUUUUUUUUUUUUUAAGUUUGUUUUGGAAAUAACAAAAAAGAUAUUUAUUGGCCAAGAAGUUGGUGCUGCUAAGACCGAGAAAUUAAAAGAAUCGGACAGAUGGACACAGAGAACCAGAGGGCAACGUGGGACCUUCUCUUGCCACAGCCUCAGGUCUUGAGGGAAGGCUCAGGCCUGGGUUUCUGGACUGCAAAGGGGACCCUCAGGUGGGAGGGGACAGGAGGCAGCUGGAGUGAGCCACUCACCCCUGGGUGCCCCACUCACACCUCUCGAGCUACGCCCUGGGCAUUACUGAGCAGAGGGAUGCGGCAGCUCCCAACGCUGCCCAAGCUUCAGGAGGCAAAAUGAGAGAGGGGCCGGGAGAUCUGCAGGACCAAAGGGUGCAGCGUUGGGCUGGGCUGGGCGCAGGCCCAGGGAAAUGGGGUGAGGGUGGGCUGGGUAAGACCCAGCCCUCCACUGCCCUGAAGACCACCCCAGUCUACCUCGGUGCUGGCCAGGAAACCUAUUGGCUACCUCUCCCACCAACCCAGACUGUGGGCAGGGGGGUGGGGAGGGAGUGGGCCUGGGCUUAGGACCACCCCCCUCCAGAAUUUCCUCCAGAUGGGGCAGUGCCCAGGGAGGGGUUAUUUGUCUUCCCUGUUACGGAGGGGGAAUCCCCAGUCCAGGCCCUAGGCCCCUCAGCAGGGAAGGGAUCCUCGGGGAGGAGGGUCCCAGGAGCAGACCCUGCCCUCAGCCCCCACAGACACACCCCAAUCUGAAAGCCAUGCGUGUCCGUGUAAAUAGGAACUAUGUACAGAGCCCGGAGAAGCCCCCCUUCAUCCCCCGGGGAAAAAAAAAAGAAAACUAGACAGAAACUCAUCUAUAUAUUCUGUAUCUGGAGUUCCGUUUUGAAUAUUAACUGUGUUAUUUUUAUACACUUUUUAAGCCUUAACUCGCCAUUGAUUUACCAGUUUAACGUUUCCUGGGUUUUUUUUCCCCCCACGGGGUUCUCUGCCCCCUUGUUUGACUUGCGUCGUCUGAUAACUCAGUAUUGUAGCUUUUUGUCCGCAUGUUACUACCCUGUAAAUACGCUGUUAUACAUACUGUUAACACCCCAUUUGCUUUUUUCUAUGGGACCUCCAGGCCACCAUAUUUAGAACUAGUUACCUUAUUAAAAAAGAGAAAACAGUC